AUGAAGAUCUAUGUGCUGAUACUCGGUGCUGUGCAUGCUACAAACAAUGCUGACAAGUGUGUUUUUCCGAACAAGCCGCGCGUUCCAUACUACUGGGAUGAGAACUGCAAGCUGGGGGACUUGGGCUGUUGGGCCGAUGGCCUCCACGAAGAGUGUCGCUUUUGUGGAGAUGUGCCCUACAUCACCGAGUGCCCGGAGGAUGCAAAGAUGCCGAAGUACAAGACUUGCUAUUUUCCAGUUCCCCCUGUGACGGAAUACUACUGGGAACCGAAGUGCAAACUCAACGCUGCUGAACGCGUCGACAAAGGUUGCAAAGCAGAUGGUCGGCAUCGGGAAUGCCGAUUCUGCGGCUCCGGCGCCUACGCUGACGUCCCGUGCCCCGUGCAGCGUUGUACCUUCUCUGCGGAACCAAACAUUCCACACUUCUGGGAUUCCACCUGCGAAAUCGGAAAGAAAGGAUGCAACGCAGAUGGAAUUCAUGUGGAAUGCCGCUUUUGUGAUGCCAAACCGUUCCUGGAUGUUCCAUGCCCACCAGAAGUACGGCCACCCUACCCCACUGAUGAGUGCUACUUUCCACAGGGCACAGGGCAGAGUUACUACUGGGACAACAAUUGCCAGCUAGGCCUUGAUGGUUGCUAUGCAGAUGGCAUCCACGAGCAGUGUCGCUAUUGCGGCAAGGGUUCAGGUGGUGCCUUCAAACACAUCCCCUGUCCGUCUGAAAGAGCCAUAUUUCCGUGA